UUCAACGAAAUUUAUGGGAGCAUCAUGGAUAAUCUGGAAUAUGUCGUGCUGUUUGAUGAUUUUCUCUCCUCGUCCAGUAGCAGUGAUGACAUGCUUGAUGAUCCUCAUGGAGAUUUCAUCAUUGAAGAUCGUCGUAAUCUAAGAAGGAUUCCUCGGGUCGAGAAUUUCAUUGAGACUGUUAUUGUCAGAUAUACAAGCGUGGAAUUUCAACAAAACUUUCGUAUGGAUCGCACUACUUUUGAAUAUCUACUUUAUUUAAUGAGACCAGAUUUGGAUGGAGAAUUACGUGAAUUUGGAGGAGUCACUAUUAAUCCUGAGAGACAAUUGUAUAUUGCUUUGUACGUACUAGGAACUCCGGAUUCUUACAGAUCAGUAACCACAAAAUUUGACGUGGGCAAGGCUACUGCUUGGCGUGCUGUUAAAAAAGUCGUCAGGGCUCUUUGCCAAAUGGGAAACUAUUUUAUUCGAUGGCCAUCUCGUGAAGAGGCUCGGAUCGAGCGAAAAUAUAAAUUUCCUGGAGUUAUUGGGGCAGUUGAUGGUACCCACAUAGACAUUGCAGCUCCGAAAACAGAUCCUCAGUCAUACAUCAAUCGUAAAGGAGUUCAUUCAUUACAGUUACAGGUGGUGUGUAAUGAUAAAUUGGAAUUCAUUCACUGCUACGCAGGUCUUCCAGGGUCGGUACAUGAUAUGCGCGUUUUCAUUUAUUCGGGUGUACAGCAACGGUGUACGGAGGAGUAUUUUCCAGAAAAUACUCACCUUUUAGGUGACUCUGCUUACACAUUGCAGAAAAAUUUAAUCGUCCCGUAUCGUAAUAAUGGACAUUUGACGAUCGAGCAGGUUUAUUUCAAUAAAACAUUAUCCGGCACGCGUAUGAUGAUUGAACGUGCCAUUGGGCUUAUGAAAGCACGUUGGAGAUAUUUUUUGGAUAAGUUACCAAUGAGAAGAACGGAUUUGAUUCCGUACUAUAUCCUAGCUGUAUGUAUACUGCACAAUAUAUGCCUGAAAAAUGAAGAUACCUUUGAAUAUCCGAUUAUUAUACCGGACAAUAUAGAUGGCUCUCCCUUCCCCCUAGAACCACCCAGUGUGGUUUACAGGUCAAUGAUAGCCAAAAAUUAG